UGAGAGAGUCAGCGCCGAGUGAGAGAGUGAGUAAGUGAGGGACGGUGAGAGUCUGUUGUCCAGUCGGGGAGCUCCAGUAAUGCUGCCCGCAAUAUGAGCCGCCAGCAGGCCGUGCAGGGCGUCGUGUUGACCGGCUACACGAGCAGCAGCGACGCCUUCCCUCAGCCUCCAGCCUCCGCGCAGCAGCAUGGAGCUCCAGCGCCCAGCCGCAGGACAGGCCACUAUAAUGUCCAGCGGGCUCGUCCUGGUGAGAAGCCGCCAUAUCAGCGCUGCAACUCGCAGGACUCUCUGGAUGAACUGGCUCUGGAUGAUUACUGGAAGGAGGUGGAGAUAAUCCAGCACGCCGGAGAUGCAGAGCCGCAGGAGGAGGUCCAGCUCAAAGUAGCUGAUGAGGGUGAGCAGGAAGAGGCGUGGCUGACAGAGGCGGGGCUUGCGACGCUGUUCGAUGAGUCGGCAGUGGAUGGGGAGGACAGCAUGGUGCUGCUGUCCACUCUGACCCGCACGCAGGCCGCCGCCGUAGAGAAGCGCGUGGAGACGCUCAAACAGACGCUGAGAAAGCGUAACAAAUCCUACAGCGUCCCCGACGUCAGGGACAUCUUCAAACCUCCACCCUCCCUGGACACAAAGGAUAGCGAGUCCUCGUCCACAGAAGGAAGUGAACACAGAAAAACGGAAGCUACUUCAUCUGGCGAGCACUCAGGCGUAGGUAACCGGGCGGAGCCUGGCGGGGGCGGGGCCGAAACAGAGACGGACAUUAACCUGGAGGUGUCGUUCUCCGAGCAGGCUCUGAGCUACAGGGAGGGGUCAAAGGUCACGCAGCCCGUUAACGAGGCUGACGACAAGCUGCCGGAUUUUAAGGUAGUGAGGGAUAAGACAGGGAUGACCAAAGUGGGCGACCUCUCCGCUGCUGAUAUGAAGAAGGUGCGGCGGUUGGUGCUGAUAGAGAUGACCGCUCUGUUCGACACGGCCGGCAUUGACCUCAAAACACACAAACCCCUCAAGAUAAGGGUCAAAGAAUCAGGGUUGUUUGGGGUUCCUCUGUCCACUGUGCUGGAGCAGGACCAGAAGAGGGUUCCUGGAACACGGGUUCCUCUCAUAAUGCAGCGGCUGAUUUCCCACAUAGAGGACGAGGGGCUGCACACAGAAGGGCUUCUGCGCGUCCCUGGAGCGUCCACUAGAGUGAAGACGGUGUGUCACGAGCUGGAGCUGAAGUUCUACGAUGGCUUGUUUCCGUGGGAAGCUCUUAAACAGCAUGACGCCGCCAGUCUGCUCAAACUCUUCAUCAGAGAGCUUCCUCAUCCUCUCCUCACUGUGGAGUACUUCAGCGCUUUCAUCUCCGUGCUUAAAUUCCCCACAAAAAAGCAACAGCUUCAGGCUCUCAAUCUGCUCGUGCUUCUCCUACCAGAGUCCAGCCGAGACACACUGAAGGCGCUGCUGGAGUUCCUCCAGAGGGUCAUCGACCACAAAGAACAGAACAAGAUGACGCUGAAUAACGUCGCCGUGGUGAUGGCACCCAACAUCUUCAUGUUUAAAGGCUUCCGGAGCAAGAUCACCGAGCAGCAGGAGUUCGCCAUGGCAACGGGGAUGGCCAACAUCGUCAGACUGCUCAUCCGAUACCAGAACCUGCUCUGGACCAUCCCAAAGUUCGUGAUGAAUCAAGUGAGGAAACAGAACACGGAGAACCAGAGGAAGAUGAACCGCGACCGCGCCGUCAAAAAACUGCUGAAGAAAAUGGCCUACGACCGCGAGAAGAGCAACGACAAAGUGGAUAAGAGCUCUGAGGCUGAAGGGGGCAUCAUCAGGGUCCAGGCGCCUCAGUUUACAAAGGUUUCCAUGGCGGUGCAGCUCACAGAGGAGCUGCAGGCUUCUGAUAUCCUCGCACGCUUUCUCAGCCAGGACAGCUCCGUGUCAGUGAAGAGAGAAGAAUUGUGUCUGUUUGAAAUCGGAGGAAACAUCAAAGAGCGCUGUCUGGAUGAGGAAACGUAUAUGAAAGCCCUCCUGGAGCUAAACCCCGCCGCAGAGUGGGUCAUCAAGUCCGUCCAGCGCUAACGUCAUCUCCACAACCUGCCAAUCAAGCACGCUCUCAACCAAUCACACUACAGCUCCCAAGGGAGAGGACUGAGACCAGCUUUAAAGGGAAAGUUCCACUUCAGUUUUUAUUGUUGUUUUUAAAUACCUGAAGGCCUGUGUAGACUCAACCUGCCUUUUAUUACAUACUGGACACUUUGCUGCUGUUUUUUUUUUAAAGUUAUGUUUUUUUUAGAAAAAAAAAAUCCUUCCAGUUGCUGUUUUCUGGAUCUAGAAAGGAUUUGAGCUUCAUCAUCUAGUAGACGUCAUUCAACAAACACCAGCAUGACUUUGCAGCAGUGAAGGAGCAAAUGGGAGAUGCAUUCAGAUAACUGUACAAAUCAUCGCUGUUCAUUUUUUGCAAUUUAUGACUGAAUUUUUCAUUUUUUUUAUUGACAUGGAUGUGAGGAUGCAUAUAUUUGCUCCUCUGCAGAUGUUUAGUUCUGUAUACUCCCAAAGCAACAGAUCCAACACGUAUAUAUAUAUAUAUAUAUAUAUAUAUAUAUAUAUAUAUAUAUAUACAUAUAUAUAUAUUGUAUUUUGCAAAGGCUUCUCAGCCAAUCAGAACCCCGAACUACCUGUUUCAUAACAUAUUUUGGGUUAAGA